CGGGCGCCCAGCGGGCUUGGCAUGCGCGCCCCCGCCCGGGGCUAUAAAAGCAUCGCCACCUGCUGCCACUAGCCAAGCCGCGCGUCCAGUUGCUUGGAGAAGCCCAUUCACAGCUUCCAGCUGCUGCUCGCUUCGACAUGGACCCUGAGACCUGCCCCUGCCCUUCUGGUGGCUCCUGCACCUGCGCGGACUCCUGCAAGUGCGAGGGUUGCAAAUGCACCUCCUGCAAGAAGAGCUGCUGCUCCUGCUGCCCUGCGGAGUGUGAGAAGUGUGCCAAGGACUGUGUGUGCAAAGGCGGAGAGGGGGCCGAGGCAGAGGCAGAGAAGUGCAGCUGCUGCGAGUGAGGAAGCACCCCUCCAUGUGGAGCACGUGGAGAUAGUGCCAGGUGGCUCAGUGCCAUCUAUGCCUGUGGUGAGGUGUGGCUGGUGUCCCCUUCCCCUGCUGACCUUAGGGGAGUGGCAAUAAAUCCCAUGAACAGCAUGA